UUUUUAGAAAGUGUAUGUCCAACAGAGGAACAGCAACAUAUUAUUCUUGGCUGACAGAGGACAAACCUUGAGUUCAUGCAAGAAGAAGCUGGAUAGCCUGACAAAGGAGUUACAGGACAUGUAAAGCUGAGUCUUCCUGCAACCAUGUGUGGCAUCUUUUGCAUUGUGUGUCCAGAGUUUGGUUCCUUAACGAGGGACAACGCAGUGUGUGAACAUUUGAAAAGAAGAGGGCCAGACUCAAGCGUUGAUUUAAUCCUCUCAGGCUCCAAUCGUCCAUAUUGCUGUUUGUUCUUAGCCCAUGUUCUCCACAUGAGAGGUCUCCUCACCCCACAGCCAGUCCAAGACCAUGCCGGAAACCUCCUGCUCUGGAACGGGGAGGUAUUCGGAGGUCUAGAAGUUCGUCCAGCUGAGAAUGACACAUCCGUUGUCCUGAGGCAUUUGUCUUCUUGCAGCGAACAGUCUGACAUUUUGUCUGUCCUGUCCACCAUAAGAGGUCCCUGGGGUUUUGUGUAUUACCAGAAGAGCCAAGACUGCCUCUGGUUUGGUAGAGAUUACUUUGGGAGAAGAAGUUUGCUGUGGAAGUAUGACCAACAACUAAAGGCCUUGACACUCAGCUCUGUAGGAACCAGCCCUUGUGGACCUGGUCAAUUUGACUGUAGUUCUUCUGAACCUGGUUCAUGUGCAUGGCAUGAGGUCCCAGCCAUCGGCGUGUACAGAAUUGACCUCAAGUCAGUUGUAGAAUCCGAAUCACCAACAAUAGAACUUUAUCCAUGGUCUCAUGUUGGAGAUAAUAUAGUCUCUACCACCGUGGAGACUACCCAGCAUACAGGCCCGGGCAGCUGCAUCAUACUGAAAAAGCCCGUAGACCUGCUCAGAUCACCUGUUUGUCCUCUGAAUACGACACUGUAUGAGCCCCAAUCGAAUCCAGAAUUUGGCAUUGAUGAUCUGGAAGAGCUUCUGGACAAAAUGAAAAAUGAAGCGGUGAACGGUCUAAUCGAUGUCCUCAGUGAGGCUGUCAGGAGACGUGUCCAGUCUUUACCUGUUAAACCACAGGCCUGUAAUCAAUCGAGUGUCGCCAUCCUCUUCUCAGGCGGAAUUGAUUCCAUGAUUCUGGCUGUAUUGGCUCACAGACACAUUCCCAGUUGUCAAUCGAUAGACCUUCUCAAUGUGGCUUUUCAAUGCAAGGAGACUCUGAAAGAGACAUCCAAAAGACAAAAACCCAGUCAGAGUAAGUCUGAACCUGGAACUUAUAACAAAUUUGAUGUGCCAGACAGAAUCACCGGCAAAUCUGGCCUUAAGGAACUACGAGGCUUAGCUCCAGAGAGGAAAUGGAACUUUGUAGAAGUGGAUGUAACACGAGAGGAGCUCCAACAAAUGAGGCAUGAACGCAUCAGUCACUUAGUACAUCCACUAAACACUGUAUUGGACGACAGUAUUGGGUGCGCAGUGUGGUUCGCAGCCAGGGCCAAAGGGUUCCUAGCCCAGGACCAGAACCAGAGCAGCUUCACGUCUUCAGCCAAGGUUAUUCUAACUGGUAUCGGAGCAGAUGAGCAGCUAGCGGGCUACGCAAGACAUAGAGUGAGGUUCAAGACAUCUGGACAUGAGGGACUGGUCCAGGAAAUAGCCAUGGAGCUUGGCAGGAUCUCCUCCAGGAACUUGGGCAGAGAUGACAGGGUGAUUGCAGACCACGGGAAAGAGGCCAGGUUCCCAUACUUGGAUGAGAGCGUGGUGAGCUACCUGAACUCUUUGCCCAUGUGCGACAAGGCUGACCUGACGCUCCCGCGGGGCGUUGGCGAGAAACUGCUGCUGAGGCUGGCCGCCCGCCACCUGGGCCUUGGGGCAUCCGCCGUCCUGCCCAAGAGGGCCAUGCAGUUUGGUUCGCGCAUCGCCAAGAUGGAGAAUGGCCGCGAGAAGGCGUCGGACCAGUGCGGGAGGCUACUUGGCAUGUAG